UUUCAUCUCGUUAUUAAUAGAAUUAUGUCUUAAGGUUUCAUUUAACGUAUGGUAUAAAUUGAGGUCUCGAAAUUCAAUAAUAAAUAGGAACUUUAUUUUUUGAUCAUUUUUACAUUGAACGGUACAAUUCAUAUCAUUACGUGGUAUCUUUGAUCCGAGACGCAGAUCCGUAUACUCUGUAAGCUGGGUCGUCAAAGAUGAGAAGAUACAAGGAAAGCCGCAAAGCUGAGGCAUAAAGUUGUUCGACCGGUUGAAAACCGCAUAGCGGGAAGCAACCCCUCCACACGGGGCUGUUCUCCAACAAAGUAGAAUCUCGACCUACGUUCAGGUCUCGCGGUCGCUUCCGGCCAAACAUUCGCGCAAGGAUUGCAGUGAGAGGCGAAGAGAGGGUGGCUCUGUUCCUGUAAAUUCGACGAGGAAACGUCCACGACGGUAACGAAAGAAAAGUUUUGGGGCGUAUGCGGUCGGUGUUGUGACUUAACCCGUCUUCGUUUCACCUUCGAGUCUUGUUUCUUCACCCUUCUAGCAGCACCGAGACUGUUCUCUCUCUCUCUCUCUCCCUCUCCCUCUCUCUUUCUCUUGAUUUCCACCCCCGUAGAAUCGACGUUGCGCGUUUAUCGAACGACUGCGCGCGCACGGAUAAGCGGAGAUGGGGCGUGCUACGUGUUGGUUGGUCGCAGAGAAAGCGGCGGUGGACGAACGAACAAGAGGAGCGAAGAACGACGACGAGGACGAGGACGGCGACGGCGACGUCGGCGAAGACGGCAGCCAACAGACACGAAACGAAGCUCGCCGCGCCACUGUUUCUUCAAGCUCUGCCAACACGCUAAGCGUUGUCAACAAUUGACAGCUCGAGUGUCGCGAGCGUGCUGAGUCAAAGUUCGAACGGUUCCUCAGAAAAAUCGUGUUACAUUUCGCGGAGGGAUCAAAGCAGAAGGGUGUUUUGCUACGAGGCAAGGUAAACAAAGAGAAGUUUCGAUGCGAAGAGGGUCACUCAGAGUGAACGUUAUCGUGGAUUGUUUGUUGUUAGCUGGUAUCCGGAAGAAGAUAAUAUUCGUUGAAGAAAAUACAGCGAAGUGAUUUCGGAGUGCAGCGAGAGAGUGCGUCGAGUGGUGCAGCAGGAAGAGAUUUGGAGGGAUCGUGAAGAUUUGUGACUGGGGACAGGGGUGGUCUUUCGUCCAUUCGAAAGUAGGGAGGAAAGAUAGACGGAUAAUCCGGGGAGGUAAAUUGGUGUGUAGCUUCUGUAUUUUCCGUUCGCUUGGUUCAGUCUAUCUCCGUGAGGCGGAGAGGGUGGCGAGGCAUCGAUCGCUCGCCAUUUUGCACCGCCGACCGACAUCUUCUCCACGCAUCGACGACAUUUUCUUCCCUCGUGACGGCUACCUCGAGGAGGGAAGUUGUCGCGAGCGGAUGAACGAACGAUUCCACGGGGAAAAGGGUGUGCGCCGAUUAUAUUGUAUUAUUUCGUGAACCUGUUCCCUUGGUUUAUCGAUCCCAGCUACAUACCAUAUUACGUUCGAGACUUUCUCGAGAUUUAAGAAGGUGCGCGUUCUAAUUGUAGGGUGUAGUUGACGAAUCCGAAGAAGCAGAAGAAGAAGAAGAAGAACAGAGAAUAAUAAAAUUCGGGGGAGGAGGCAGAUAAAGGAGAGGGAGAGGGUCGCUCUGGUGGAAAGGUAGAAGUCAGCAGGCUGGGAGCUCGGCUGAGCGAGGUCGUGGGUCCCGUCGUGGAGGAGGCCAUCGAGCCAGGGGAUGCGACCCCGCUGACGGGACCCUCGAGGGAGUCCUCGGUUCCUCGAGCACCCCCGCCACCCCCACAUCGUGUUACCACUUUGAGAUCGCCGAGACCUCCGCCCACUACGUCUCAGGAACCACAAGAAUCGGGUCAUCAGACCCACGAAUCAAACCCUAGCGAUCCGAAUCCGGGUCAUCAGGCCCAGAAUCCUAACCACCAGCCUUCGAACCCAGGUCACGAAUCGAAUCCAGGUCAACCGACCCAGAACCCAGGCCAUCAUCAAAAUCCCGGUCAACAGGCUUCGAAAACAGGCCAGCAAAGUCAGAACCCGGGUCAUCAGACCCAAAAUCCUGGCCAUCCGACUCAGAACCCGAGUCGGCCGGCACAGAAUCCCACCCACCAAUCGACCCAAACGCAACAACCCUCGUUGCAGCAACAACAAUCUCAACAACAACAACAACAACAACAACAGGAAACUCGUCCCAGCAGCAUGGGUACCGUGUUGUCCUUUAGCCCCCGCGACAGGCGGGGCUCCGUAUAUCCUCCAACCGGUCAUCAGCAUCCGGCUGAUUUCACGCUGAAUAAUUUCAAUUACGAACAGCUGAACAAUGCGAAAAAUCGUGAAAAUAAGAGCGGCGUCGCCACGGUGGCGCCGGCCCCGCCAACGAAUCAUCCGCCUACGAACAAUAACGCGUUGCAAAACAACAACAUUAACUUGAACAACAACGACAACGCGAGGAUCAUCUCGGAGAAGAACGCGCUCGAGAAGAACCUGAAGAAACACUCGUUGUUCAUAAACGCGCUCUCGUGGAAACGAUUCAGCACGUCGAACAACAACAAGAAGAAGCUCGACAAUAAGAACAAGAAUAUUGCUUUCCGGCAACCGCUCGAUAACAUACCCAUCGUCGAUAAGAAUAAAAACAUACAGACGCCUCAGACAAAGCCUCCAGCGUCGAACAAUAAUCACACCACGCACAACCCGACGUGCGAGAAGCUAGUGCAGAAACCUUUACCCCCUAAGCCAAGGAAAACUGUGAUCCAAGCCUCGACCUCGGAAUUGCUCAAGUGCCUCGGCGUCUUCCUUCACAGGAAAUGCACCCGUUUAAGAGACUUCCAGGCUGGCGACGCUGUCAUGUGGCUGAAGACCGUCGACAGGAGUCUGCUGCUUCAGGGCUGGCAGGACGUCGCGUUCAUCAAUCCUGCCAAUGUUGUGUUCGUUUAUAUGCUGGUGAGAGAGCUGGUGGACGGCGACGAAGCGUCCGAGAGGGAACUUCAAGCCACGGUGUUAACGUGCCUGUACCUGAGCUACAGCUACAUGGGCAACGAGAUCAGCUACCCGUUGAAGCCGUUCCUGGUGGAGGACAGCAAAGACAAGUUCUGGGACCGAUGCCUGUUGAUCGUCAAUCGAUUGAGCUCCGAGAUGUUGCGAAUCAACAGCGAGCCAGGAUUCUUUACGGAGAUCUUCACCGAACUGAAGAAAACGUAAAGCGUAUAAAAUUCAUCGAGUCAACUAAAAACAAUCCAAAAUGACAGGCGUGCGGCGCUGGGGAUCGAGGUAGCCUGCCUG